UUUUCGUACGAGUAAACAUCCUUUCAAUAAUGAACAGCCCGAUAAUGUCUUAAAAAGAGGAAAAGGAUCUUCAUUUUGGGUUUCUUCUUCUUUUGUGGACUAUUUCUGGACAUAAAAGCAGAGGAUAUGAUGUUGACUGUCCAUAAAAUGCAGUGUAGCAUCUUCUUGCUGUUUUGGGGAUGCGUUUUAUCCACAGAAUGCAGAGCCCACUGGCAAGGAAAAGAGAUAUAUGAAGUCUAUAAGAAGGGCAGUCGACCUCAGAGACAGAGAAGAGAAACACAUGAAGUAUCACACAAGCAAGGCAGUCCAAUAUUGAAACGAAGUCCUGAUAUCACCAAAUCACCACUAACAAAAUCAGAGCAGCUUCUAAGAAUAGAUGACCACGACUUCAGCAUGCGGCCUGGUUUUGGAGGCCCUGCAAUUCCUGUAGGAGUAGAUGUACAAGUUGAAAGCUUGGAUAGUAUUUCAGAAGUUGACAUGGACUUCACAAUGACACUCUAUCUCAGGCAUUACUGGAAAGACGAGAGAUUAUCCUUCCCAAGUACCAAUAACCAAAGUAUGACCUUCGAUGGCAGGCUUGUGAAAAAGAUCUGGGUGCCUGACAUGUUCUUUGUCCAUUCCAAACGCUCCUUUAUCCAUGAUACCACCACAGACAAUGUCAUGCUGCGGGUCCAGCCAGAUGGGAAAGUGCUUUAUAGCUUGAGGGUCACUGUAACAGCUAUGUGUAACAUGGAUUUCAGUCGCUUUCCCCUUGAUACGCAAACAUGUUCACUGGAAAUUGAAAGCUAUGCCUAUACUGAAGAUGAUCUCAUGCUGUACUGGAAGAAUGGGAAUGAUUCUCUGAAAACAGAUGAGAGGAUAUCAUUGUCACAGUUUCUUAUACAAGAAUUUCACACUACCACCAAGCUUGCCUUUUAUAGCAGCACAGGCUGGUACAACCGCCUCUACAUUAACUUCACUUUGCGCCGACACAUCUUCUUCUUCUUGCUCCAGACCUAUUUUCCUGCCACUUUGAUGGUCAUGCUGUCUUGGGUGUCCUUUUGGAUAGACCGCAGAGCCGUGCCUGCAAGAGUUCCCUUAGGGAUUACAACAGUGCUGACAAUGUCUACCAUCAUCACGGGUGUCAAUGCCUCCAUGCCUCGGGUUUCCUACAUUAAAGCCGUGGACAUUUACCUUUGGGUCAGUUUUGUGUUCGUCUUCCUUUCGGUACUAGAAUACGCUGCAGUGAACUAUUUGACUACGGUGCAAGAACGGAAGGAACGAAAACUACGAGAUAAGCUUCCUUGCACUUGUACGCCGCCUCAGCCAAGACAAUUGAUGGGGAUGGAUGGCAGCUACAGUGAUGGGGAGGUGAAUGAAAUGGGACAGUAUGUAAAUGAAAAUGGGGAUAAACAAGACAGAAUGAUGGUCCAGCUGGCACUUGGUUCAGAAAGGAAUUCAACCAGGAGGAAAAACCAGAGAUACAGCAGCAUGAGGAUCGACACCCAUGCCAUUGACAAGUAUUCCAGAAUAAUAUUCCCAGGGGCAUACAUUUUAUUUAACCUGAUAUACUGGUCUAUUUUUUCAUAGUUCUAUUUUUUUUUAGCUGGUUGCAUGUGGUAUAUGCAUUAACUGUAUAAACAUUGGUAUCAAACAAAUAUUUCAUUCAAGAAAACUGAAUGCUCUUGGUUUUGUUAAUGUUUUAUAAUUCUGUUGCAUGAAAUCCAUACAAAACCCUCUUAUUCAUUUUGAGGGGCUUUGGGAGAGAUCCAAUCUUAACAAUCAGUUUCAGCAUGAUCCAAGACAUCAAUUUAAGAAACAUAAAGGGAGGGGAGAAAAAGUGGCAAAACACAGGGAUUUGUUUGAAUUGUACUUUUAUUUUCAAAUGCAUGGUCCCCCAUUGUGGCUAUUAAAAGGAUUUUUUUUUCUCCUUUUGAAACUGCUAGUUUUGACAUCCAUAUUCCCAUUACAGAAAUCAAGGGUGUUCAUCUUGUUACAUUUGUAAAUAUAUAUAUAUAUAUAUAUAUAAUACUGUAAAAUUUCAAGUAUCUGUGUAAAUAGGUAAGACUAUAUAUCUAAAUAUUCUAUGUCUUAUCAAGACUCAAAAAUAUAAAUGUCGUUUUUUAUUAUA